UUUUGGAAGAGAGAGAGAGAGAGAGAGAGAGAGUGUGUGUGUGUGUGAGAGAGAUAGAGAGAGAAUGGGGAGAAGGCCAAGCUAUGACAACAAUGGAAGGAAGAAAGGGGCAUGGAGUCCUGAAGAAGAUAAAAAGCUGAGAGAUUAUAUACUGAGAUAUGGCCAUUGGAACUGGCGUGAACUCCCUAAGUUCGCAGGUCUAGCUAGAUGUGGAAAGAGUUGCAGACUGCGAUGGAUGAACUACUUGCGCCCAAACGUCAAACGGGGGAGCUACACCGAAGAAGAAGAAGAUAUCAUCAUCAAAUCACAUGAAGAACUCGGAAACAAAUGGUCGGCCAUUGCUGCAAAAUUACCCGGAAGAACAGACAACGAGAUAAAGAACCACUGGCACACCCACCUCAAUAAACGACUCCACCAAAACCAAUCAACCGCCAAUCCUGGAAAGAUCGACGGGCAAUCGACUGGCGGUGUCCAAUCUGCAUCCAAGAAGAGGAGAGAACUUGCACCCAAAGAAGUCGCCGAGGAUCCGGAUCUUUCCCAGCCGCCGAUCCUGGAAAGCUCGUCUUCGAGCGAAAUCUCCAACUUGAGCUAUGAUUGUGCACCUUUACCGUGCGGCACGAACUCGGUCAUGGAAGAUAUCAGCAGCCAGUCUCCUUUGGAACCCAUUGCGGAGUCGACUGAUGAUUUCUGGACUCAACCAUUUUUAGCUGACACAGUUUACUUCAACCAAGACGAUGAUCUUUCUUCAGUACCUUUGGUUGAGGGAGGAUUUCUCACUCCAUAUGAUCAUUAUUUGUACUAUGAUGAUGGCUUCGAUUACUCCUUUCCACCAUAUUGGCAAUAAGCAUGCAAUAUUACUGGAAAAAAUGGCAGCAACAACCAGGUUUUUUACCUAAGGGGGGCCGACUCAGCAGACAUGUUUUUAUCUAUGCUUAUGUUAUAGAGCUUUUGCUUUCUAAUAACGCAUCUGUACAUUGUAAUUAUUCUCGCGUAAUGAAUUAAAAGUUUUAUGAAUCGUUUUAUUCUA